AUGUCCAAUGAUGGCCCUAAAAAGAAAGGGAAAGUUCCAGGAGACAAAAAAACGUCUAAAAGGAAAGCAAAGAGGAGGGAAACGUACGCUGUUUACAUCUACAAAGUUUUGAAGCAAGUUCAUCCAGACACUGGCAUCUCCAGCAGGGCGAUGAGCAUCAUGAACUCGUUUGUGAAUGACGUGUUCGAGCGCAUCGCGACAGAGGCGUCACGGCUCGCGCAGUACACCAAGCGCUCGACCAUCACGAGCAGAGAGGUUCAGACCGCAGUCAGACUGCUGCUGCCCGGAGAACUCGCCAAACACGCCGUGUCAGAGGGAACCAAAGCCGUCACAAAAUACACCAGUUCAAAGUGA